UUGACAUAACCUAGAAUUAAGUUUGAAAAAUAUAUUUAAAAAUCUAAAUAACCAUGGAUGAAGUAGAAGAUACAAUAUUUAACAGCGAUCCUAUUUAUAUGAUGCAUCUAGUUGGUAAAGAAGUGGAGUUAAUAACUAUUGAAAAUGUUACUCACAUUGGAACUGUAUAUGUGAUAGAUCCUAUAUAUAAAACUACAGUUUUACAUACAAACAGAAAAUCAUUUGACGAAUAUGAAACGGUUUUUGUACUUUAUCACGCCAUAAAGUCUGUUAAAAUUUUGUCUGAUAAAGCAGAUGAAAGUUAUUUGAAAAGUGUAGAACCCAAAUCGUUCGAGGAUAAGGAUAUAAAGAAAAACGUGUUAAAAAAAUGGUUGGAGCAUAUGUUUAUUAAUGUAGUUGAGUCUGGAGACUAUCUAAAAAUAGACGAUCAUUUGGUAAUAGUACCUCCCUAUGGAUCUGAUAACUGUAUUUGCAACAAUACAAUAAUAUUAGAUAGAAUUCAGAAAAUUAUUUCUCUAAUGCCACCAGAUUUUAAAUAAGUAGGUAAUAAAAUACAAGUAAUACAAUGAUUUAGGUUAAUAUGCAAAUGUAUAGGAUACUUUAUUUGAUAAAUAUAUAAUAAAUAAUAGAAAACAAAAGUUCUUUACAGAUAAA